AUGCCUCGUCGAUAUCGUCUUAUGCGACCAUAUCAGUUUCCAAUGCAACCUUUACCAUCCUAUGUUGAUCUUCGUCGAUGGAUGACGCCUGUCGAAGAUCAACAGAAUUAUGACGCAUGUGUUGCUAAUGCUUUUGCAGGCAUAAUUGAAUAUCUUAUUCUGCGUCGUACUGGUCUUCACAUUGAUGUCUCUCGGAUGUUCAUAUAUUACAAUGGUCGAAUGAUUCAAGGUCAAAGUUUGGCAGUAUCGGAUGAUGGUACAUUAAAACGAGACACUGCGUUAGGGUUGCGAAAAUUUGGUGUAUGUCAAGAGUUUGUCUGGCCAUAUGAGCUUAAAAAUGUCAACAAGACACCACCACCUCACGUAUAUGACGCAGCAAAAGAAAUUACAGUUGUUCCAUUGAAAAUUCCUCGAAAUUUACCUGCAAUGAAAACAUGUUUAGCUAAUGGAGUACCAUUUCUUAUCGGCAUUGCAUUGAACGUGACAGAGGCAUCCGACGAAGCAAAACAAAAUAAUGGUUAUGUAUCGAUGCCAGAUCCAAACGAUCCUAAUGUGUCUUCAUGGGGCUUCCAUGCCGUUAUCAUUGUCGGUUACGAUGAUCGAACGCAGAAUUUCAUCGUACGAAACUCUUGGGGAGCUAACUGGAUAACAGCUAUCAUAAAACGAAAUUUGGUUAAUGCUGACGAUGGUGUAUGGGCUAUUAGUGAUAUCAUGCUUCGUCUAGGUCACUUACCAUCUGUUCGGCGAAUGAUGCUUCCUGGUCACAAUCGUGAUGCACGAUAUCGACAUAAUCGAGUUCGGUUGCAAUCAAGAUACCUUAAGUAA